GGAGCCCCCCAGGCAAGGCCACCGCUUUGAAGAUAACCCUGGUGUGAGGCGGCAUCUGGUGAAGAAACCAUCUAGGAGCCAGAGCACCAGAACCAGCAGGAAGAUGGUGUCAACCCCAUCUAUCAAGAAGAAGAAGAAGAAAAAGAAGCUGGACAGGCGUCCUCAUGAGGUGUUUGUGGAGCUGAACGAGCUGGUCAUAGAUAAGAACCAGGAGAUGCACUGGAAGGAGACAGCGCGCUGGAUCAAGUUUGAGGAGGACGUGGAGGAGGACACAGCACGGUGGGGGAAGCCUCACGUAGCCUCACUAUCCUUCCGCAGCCUGUUGGAGCUCAGGAAGACCAUUGCUCACGGUGCUGUGUUGCUGGACCUGGAGCAAACCACCCUUCCUGGCAUCGCUCACCUCGUGGUGGAGACCAUGAUUAUCUCCGACCAGAUCAAAGGGGAGGACAGAGCCAACGUGCUGCGUGCCCUUCUGCUCAAGCACAGCCACCCCAAUGAUGAGAAGGAGGGGUUCUUCCCCCGAAACCACUCCAGCUCCAGUAUGAAUUCGAUAGUGGGGAACCACCAUCACAACCACAACCACACGGCCGACACGUGCGUGCCCCUGAUGGGUGAGGAGCGCAUCGAGAUGCUGGACCCCAGAGCCCAGGACUCGGAGUGCAAAGAGAAAAAUCUGCAUCUCCACAGUUCCGAGGGGCAUCGCGGCAAAUAUCUGAAACUGAUGGAGAAGAUUCCUGAAGAUGCUGAGGCAUCCGUGGUCCUCGUGGGCUGUGUGCAGUUCCUUGAACAGCCCACUAUGGCUUUUGUCCGGCUGAAUGAGGCUGUCUUCCUGGAAUCUGUCCUGGAGGUCCCAAUUCCGGUCAGGUUCAUCUUUGUCCUGCUGGGACCCAGUCAGGCCAACGUCGAUUACCACGAAAUUGGACGGUCCAUUUCUACCCUCAUGUCUGACAAGCUCUUCCACGAGGCUGCGUACAUGGCUGACGACCGCCAGGACCUCCUCAAUGCCAUCAACGAAUUCCUGGACUGCAGCAUUGUCAUCCCCCCAUCAGAAGUGGAGGGGAAAGACUUGCUCAGGUCUAUCGCUACCUUCCAGAAAGAGUUACUGAGGAAGAGGAAGGAGAGGGAGCAGAAGAAGUCCACGAAGGAAGGGGUUGUCCAGGAAGCUAAAGAGCUGUGUGAAGUGAAGGCUGAGGAGGAAGAGGAGGGGGACGCUGAGGACGACCCAUUGAGGCGAACCGGCAUUUGUUUUGGAGGUCUGGUUCAGGACAUAAAGCGCAGGUACCCCAAAUAUCUCAGUGACAUCAGAGACGCCUUGCACAGCCAGUGCCUUGCAGCCGUUCUCUUCAUCUACUUUGCUGCUCUCUCUCCUGCCAUCACCUUCGGGGGACUCCUAGGAGAGAAGACAGAGGGUCUCAUGGGGGUCUCGGAGCUGAUCAUCUCCACCUCAGUUCUGGGGAUCCUGUUCUCCCUGCUUGGAGCUCAGCCGCUCCUUGUCAUUGGUUUCUCGGGGCCCCUUCUGGUAUUUGAAGAAGCUUUUUUCAAGUUCUGCCAGAGCCAAGGCAUCGAGUACCUGACGGGCAGAGUGUGGAUUGGCCUGUGGCUCAUCGUCUUCAUCUUCAUCAUUGUGGCAGCUGAAGGCAGCUUCCUGGUGCGAUACAUCUCGCCCUUCACACAGGAGAUCUUUGCCUUCCUCAUCUCCCUCAUCUUCAUCUACGAAACCUUCUAUAAACUCUACAAGGUCUUUGCAGAGCAUCCUUUGCUGAAGUUUUACCCGCCGAGUUUGCAGACUGGCUUGAAUGCCAGCGCGCUCUCUCCUGAUGCUGUGUCUCUGGGAACCAGGAUGCAGCCCAAUACUGCCCUCCUCUCACUCAUCCUCAUGCUGGGCACCUUCUUCAUCGCUUUCUUUAUGCGCAAGUUCAAGAACAGCCGUUUCUUAGGAGGCAAGGCUCGACGGAUCAUUGGAGACUUUGGAAUCCCCAUCUCGAUCCUGGUCAUGGUCUUGGUGGAUUACACCAUCACAGACACGUACACACAGAAGCUGAAUGUCCCCUCUGGGCUCUCAGUCACGUCUCCCCAGAAGCGCGACUGGUUCAUUCACCCCCUGGGCAGCCGACAGGCCUUUCCCAUGUGGAUGAUGUUUGCCUCAGCCAUCCCUGCACUUCUGGUCUUCAUCCUCAUUUUCAUGGAGACCCAGAUCACUACCCUGAUUGUCAGUAAGAAGGAGAGGAAGCUCAUGAAAGGCUCCGGUUUCCAUCUGGACCUGCUGCUCAUUGGUACCAUGGGCGGGCUCUGCGCGCUGUUCGGGCUCCCUUGGCUGACUGCCGCCACCGUGCGCUCAGUCACCCACGUCAAUGCCCUGACAGUCAUGAGCAAGGCCAUCGCUCCGGGGGAGAAGCCGAAGAUCGAGGAGGUGAAGGAGCAGCGCGUGACAGGAGUUGCAAUCGCUGUCCUUGUUGGCUUGUCCAUUGUGAUGGGCAACAUGCUGCGCCGGAUCCCCCUGGCCGUGCUCUUCGGGAUCUUCCUCUACAUGGGGGUCACGUCUCUCACCGGCAUCCAGCUCUACGAGCGUCUCCUCCUCAUCUUCAUGCCGGCCAAGCACCACCCGGACCACGUCUACGUCGUCAAGGUGAAGACCUGGAGAAUGAACCUCUUCACCUGCAUUCAGCUGGCCUGCAUCGUGGUGCUCUGGGUGGUGAAGUCAACAGUGGCCUCGUUAGCUUUCCCCUUUGUCCUGAUUAUGACGGUGCCCUUACGACGAUUCCUGCUGCCCCGCUUCUUUCAGGACCGGGAGCUCAAAGCCCUGGACUCUGAGGACGCGGAGCCGAACUUUGACGAGGACGGCCGGGACGAGUACAACGAGAUGCACAUGCCUGUGUGAGCGGCUGCUCCGCCCCCCACCCUGUGGAAAGCUGCUCGUUCCCAUGCGUUCUCCCUGGCUAAGGCCCAAUCCGAAUGGCUUUGAACUCACUACACGUCAGAUGUUUUCCUGUCUGGACCAAAGAGCAGCUGUGUCGGAACCCUGGAGGGAGGUGGGCAGGGCCGUCCCUGACCCCACCCCUCAUCCACUCCGUGGAAGUGUGAGUCUGUCUCCACCUGUACCCAGCGGGAGACGCUUCUCGCAUCCAGAGGCUCUGUAGGGGCCUGCACUGCCUCGGGUCAUGGGUCUCCCUUACUGGAGACUGGGGGUUGCACUGGUAUGUGGGUUAGCAAAGGGGGGCCAUGCAGCUGGGAGCCACCACCUGUCCACUCACCACAGAGCUCCGGCUCCUCCAAAUGCCAGCCCAAGCUCCACGUUCCACUGAGCCUGAGGCAGGCCUGGGCCCCGCACAGAGCCCCAGUCACAGUGCCUGGCCGGACUCUGCCUGCACAGGCAGGGCAAGACUCCAAGAGUUGCCUGCUCUGCCGCCCCCGGCUGGGCUGCCCAGCUCCCUUAGCGGGCACACAAGUGGGCUCCUUGCACGACUCCCUGCCACGGGCGGCUUCGCAUCUCAGACUGCCCUGCCUGGUUUGCUCACAGCGCUCCUGUGCCAUCCUGGGCUGCAGCACGGCCAGGAUGAUGGGAACUCAGGAGCCUGUGUCCAAUCUGCCCCAGGCUCUCAGUGCUACUGGCCCAUGCACCUGUGUCCCAACAGCAGGAGUUCAAAUCCCAUCCCCCUGCCUGUCCGAGUCCAUUCCCUGGUGCCUGCCCUCCCUGCUGAUCGCUCCAAGUUGUAUUUCUGGGGUGGAGGGGUCUGAGGUCAUGGGCAUUUCCACAGUAACCAGCUGUGAUGUCAGUGUUAAGGAUUGUGAUGUCUGCAGGGGAAGGAGCAGCAGGAGGGGCCUCCUAGAGCAGGCAGGGCUGAGAGGGCUUCCAGAGGAAGUGUCUCCCCAUGGAGCAUGCGGCAGGUUGUAGCCAUGUCAGUCCCAGGAUAUUAGAGACACGAGGUGCGGGAGGGAACUUUUAUUGGACCAACUUCAGCUGGUGAGCGAGCAGCUUUGGCGCUUACCCCGAGGUCUUCUGCAGUCUGAAAGCACCUUUCUCACCACCAGGAGCAGGUCCAGUAAAAGAUGUUCCCUCCCGCACCUUGUCUCCCAGCAGCAGGCAUCCACAGCACGGGUGUUGGGGUCACCAGGACACAGCCUCCACCACAGUGACUGGGCCACCCAGGCCUCGGUGACUGGGUUGCUGUGGCUCCCCUCCUCUCCUAUCCCCAUACCUGGGCCACCCACAGUGUCUGGAGGCACCUGAUAGCCAGAGCCCCUGGCACCCAGGCCUGUCCCUGGGCAACCUUGAAUGUCUUCCCACCUGGAAGGCCAAGGUCUCUCCAGCCGUCAGGGUUUGAGGCCUCAUGUGGGUUGCUGCCUGGGCCCUUCAGAGCCCAGCUCUCCCUGCAGCUCUUGCCAGCGGCGCUCACAGCCUGGGGUGGGGUAACUGCCAUGGAGCCCGAGGGUCACUGGUACGAAGGCUCGGUGGGGCAGGUGGUCCUGAUGUGACAAAGCCAGAGAAGGCAGGUGCCCGGCCCCUCCACACAGGUAUGAGAGGAAGGGGGACCUUGUGGUGCAGGCGCUGGCCUGGGAGUCCUGCCUCCACCAGAACUUCCUGUGGGACCUCAGCAAAGCUACUGACUCUCCCUGCCUCAGUUUCCUAUCUGUGAAAUGGGGCUGAUCCUUCCCUACCUCACACGUGGGGGUGCUCACUACAGCCACAGGGCCAUAUGGAUACCAGCCUGGUGGAGGGCCGGGCACCUGCUCCCGCCGGGCCACAGCCUGGCACACCAACCGCCCCUGUGAUGCCAGUGAAGCCUCCUGGGUAAGAGAUGUGUGUCUGUGGCUGCGUGUCCUGUCCCUGUGUCGUGUAGGAGGCCUGCUGUUGCUGCGUCCCUGCCAGCCUGGCUGUGCGUUGUGACUCAUCUACCCGUAGUGGCAAUGGCUGCACCAAUAAACUCUUCACAGGAACUGA